AUGAAACAAGUUAUAAAUGAUAAAAAGAAGAAAAAGAAAAUUUUAACAAAAAAAUCAUCGAAAAAGAAGAAACUUUUUCAAGAUCCAUUUCUUCGUGAACUCAAUCAAAAAAAAUCUACGAAAAAUGAAUUAAAACUUCCUAUUCUUCCAACAAAUUCUAUCAAAGAAGAUGAUAAAAUUUAUUCACGAACAACAGCAAAUAAAAUUCAUAUAGCUCGUCUUUUACCAAAAACUCGUCUUCAAUUACCAACACAUACACUUCGAUCUGCACGAACAUUUACACAAUGUCCAUCGAUGAGUGUCGUGAGUAAUGAAGAAACAAAUACUCAACAUCGUCAAUUACCUGUUAUAUGUUCACGUGGUGCACUCAAUUUUCAUGCUCGACGAUUGGGUACAGUGAAACGUGUAGAUAAUGAAUAUCGUCUAGGACAAAAUAAAAAACGUACUGCUGGAAAAAUUAAAAUUGAUCAAUUGUAG